GUUCCAUUCUUCUGAUUCAUUGAUCUUCUUGAUUUAAUUGCCAUUUGUUUCUCCUACUUGCAGCCAGCCAUGUCCGAUGUAGAAGAGGAGUACGAGGAUCAGGAGGCUGAAGAGGAGCAGGAGGAGGAGCCUGAGCUGGCAGAGGAGGAUGAAGGAGAGCAGCAGGAGUACCACGAGGAGGAGCGCCCCAAACCCAAACCCAUGGUGCCUCAACUUGCUGCUCCAAAGAUCCCCGAGGGGGACCGGGUGGACUUUGAUGACAUCCACAGAAAGCGCAUGGAGAAGGACUUACUGGAGCUGCAUACUCUGAUCGACGUCCACUUCGAUCAAAGGAAGAAGGACGAGGAGGAGCUCAUCGGCCUCAAGGACCGAAUUGAGCGUCGUCGUUCAGAGAGAGCUGAGAUCCAGAGGGUGAGAGCGGAGAAGGAGAAGGACCGACAGAACAGGAUUGCGUUGGAUCGUCACAGAAGAGAGGAGGAUGAGGCCAAGAAGAAGGCGGAAGAUGAAUUCAAGAAGAAGAAAGUGCUGUCUGGCAUUGGAGCAAACUUUGGAGGCUUCCUGGCCAAGACAGAGACGAGGAAGGGCAAGCGUCUGACGGGCAGAGAGAUCAAGAGGAAGACUCUGGGUGAGAGACGGCAGCAGCUCAGCAUGGACAGCAUGAGGGAGGACGCGCUCAAGCAACAGGCCCAGGAGAUGUGGAACUGCAUCUACCAGCUGGAGUCUGAGAAGUUCGACUUCAUAGAGUACAUGAAGCACCAGAAAUACGAGAUCAUUGUGCUGCUCAACAGAAUCCAACACGCUCAGAAAUUUAAAAAGAUCCACGGCAAAGGGAAGGUGGGCGGUCGCUGGAAGUAAAAGGGGGCGGGGCAAAGAAGAAAAAGAGAAAACACAUUAAUAACAAGACAGGGGAGGCGGUGCAGG